GUCGGGUGCUGGUACCGUUAGUACCUGGCCAUUUGGUCGCCUCACAUCACGCGGGUGCCUGCUUUUCCUCUUUAGGCGACCCCCGGGCAUCACCGCCGGCCCCCGACGAAGUGCACGUCGGGGAUCCCGUUGCCCUCGGCUCUCGUCUCCGGCUUGGCUCCCGCCCUGCUUCCCUGCCGAGCUUACCUGCUCCGCACGGGGCCGUGUGCCGGCUGCCCAUGGCGGGGGCCGCUCCGACCACGGCCUUUGGGCAGGCGGUUAUCGGCCCUCCGGGCUCGGGGAAGACCACGUACUGCCUGGGCAUGAGUGAGUUUCUGCGCGCGCUGGGCCGGCGUGUGGCGGUGGUGAACCUGGACCCGGCCAAUGAGGGGCUGCCGUACGAGUGCGCCGUGGACGUGGGCGAGCUGGUGGGGCUGGGCGACGUGAUGGACGCGCUGCAGCUGGGGCCCAACGGCGGCCUGCUGUACUGCAUGGAGUACCUGGAGGCCAACCUGGACUGGUUGCGUGCCAAGCUCGACCCCCUCCGCGGCCACUACUUCCUCUUCGACUGCCCUGGCCAAGUGGAGCUCUGCACGCACCACGGAGCCCUGCGCAGCAUCUUCUCCCAGAUGGCGCAGUGGGACCUCAGGCUGACUGCUGUCCACCUGGUGGAUUCUCACUAUUGCACAGACCCUGCCAAGUUCAUCUCGGUACUGUGUACCUCCCUGGCCACCAUGCUGCAUGUGGAGCUGCCCCAUGUCAACCUCCUCUCCAAGAUGGACCUCAUUGAACACUAUGGGAAGCUGGCCUUCAACCUGGACUACUAUACAGAGGUCCUGGACCUCUCCUACCUGCUUGACCACCUGGCUUCUGAUCCUUUCUUCCGCCACUACCGUCAGCUCAAUGAGAAGCUGGUGCAGCUCAUCGAAGACUACAGCCUGGUCUCCUUCAUCCCUCUCAACAUCCAGGACAAGGAGAGUAUCCAGCGGGUCCUGAAGGCUGUGGAUAAAGCCAAUGGCUACUGCUUUGGGGUCCAGGAGCAGCGGAGCCUGGAGGCCGUGAUGUCUGCCGCGGUGGGAGCUGACUUCCACUUCUCCUCCACCCUGGGCCUGCAGGAGAAGUACCUGGCGCCCUCAGAGCAGUCAGUGGAGCAGGAGGCCAUGCAGCUGUAGCAACAAGCUGAGCUCUGGAGAACAAGACACACGACCCAGCGCUGGGGAGAGUGGCGGCUCCCAGUGAGCAGCGGACAGCUCAGUGGGCUGCAGAUCCAAGGGCAGCGCUUCCGGCCAGAGCUGGGAGACUGGCGAGGGGAUACUCAGCCUUGCGGAGGACUUCUGGCCAAAAGCCACACAUGUAGCCAAGCAGAGCACCAAUCACAGCCUCAUGAUCUCUGGGCGCUGCCACCAGGGAUUCAGCACUGGUCCCACUCAGGCUGUGAUGGAAUGUGCUACAAUACAAGAGUUUAUCUUCUA